UGCACGGUCACACUGUUUGCAUUUUAUAAACAAGCGUGGUCGCUGCACAAAAUGGAUUCUGUAUUUCUGGUAGACACAACAGGCCGCCAGGAAUAUAAUGGCGAACAGCAGCAGGAUAUUGUGUACCACAAAGAGCUACUCCUCGCAGAAAAUGACGCGUACAGCUCCGACGAGGAACAAACGGAGGGCGCAGUUGAGCUCUUUGGCCUGAAGCUGAACUGCAAGGAAGUGCUCGAUGUUGUGAGUUCCCUACCUGACCAAAGGAAGCCGGUCUCAAAGGUUGCCAAGCAAUUGGAUGACCUCGGCGACAAGGUCGAGAGUGCUGUUGAGAACUUCAGCAAACCGAAAGUUGUGCCACGAAAGCGGGUAACAGAACUGAACCAUGAUGGUCCGCACCUGGACCUGCGACGGGAAAACCUGGAAAGUGAUAUGAAGAGAACGAAACAGGCCUUGAAUCCAGGUCUUGAUCAGUCGCACGCUAUUCCCACCGUUGGAAAGAGGCAGCAACCCAUCAUCAACAGAGUUGAACGCUCUAAGACCAAGGGCAAAGGAUGGUUUAAUCUCCCCGCAACAGAGAUCACCGACGAAAUGCGAAACGAACUUAAAAUAGUUCAGAUGCGAUCAGUUUUGAACCCUAAGCAAUUCUACAAGAAAAACGACCUAAAACGUCUGCCCAAAUUUUUCCAAAUCGGAACUGUGCUACCUUCGCAUUUGGAUCACUAUCAGGAAAAGAAGUCGAAGAAGAAGCAGUCUUUGGUUAAUGAGUUGUUAGAAGACGAAAGAUUCCAGCAGUUCAACAAGAGAAAAUACAACGAGGUUAUUCAGCGCACAGACAAAUAUGCCUAUCGGAAAAGCCUGAAGAAAAUGAAAAAACUUAAGAAAAAUAAAUAAAUAUAAAAUAUUUUAGGUCCAAA